AUGGAGCGAUUUUUAGGCAUUGUUCAUGUUAGUAAUACUACCGCUUUAACUCUUAAAGAUGCAAUCAUGUCUUUACUUGUUGAACAUUCAUUGAGUCCAUCUAUGAUAAGGGGGCAAGGGUACGAUGGAGCUAGCAACAUGAAAGGUGAAAUAAAUGGUCUUAAGACUUUGAUUAUGAAUGAUACUCCAAGUGCCUACUACGUACAUUGUUUUGCUCAUCAACUUCAACUAACACUAGUUGCCAUUGCUAAAAAGAAUGAUAGUUGUGGUUGGCUUUUUGAGAUACUUGCAAAUUUAUUGAAUGUGGUUGGAGUUUCUUGCAAGAGAAGAGAAAUGAUUCGACAAGAUCAAGCUGAAGAAGUUGCUCGAGCAUUGGAUGUAGGGGAUAUUGUGAGUGGAUCGGGUUUAAAUCAAGAACUUGGUUUGAAAAGGCCCGGGGAUACUCGUUGGAGUUCUUAUUACAAGUCUAUUUCAAACAUCAUCCUCUUAUUUCCUACAAUUGUUAAGGUACUUGUACACAUUGGGAAGCAUGGUGUAUCGGAAGAUAAGUUCAAAGCUCAAAUUGUUUUAGGACAGUUAGAAAAGGAGCAAGAUAUUGUAAAUGCCAUGGAACUUGUCACUUACACAAAAUUGGUGUUGCAAAAAAUGAGGGAGCAAGGAUGGGAUACUCUCUUAAACAAGGUAACUUCAUUUUGUGCUAAACAUGGUAUUGUUGUUCCCACUAUGGAUUCUCCUUAUGUUCCUCAAGGAAGAUCAAGACGUUUUGUUGAAGAAGCAACAAAUGAACAUCAUUUUCGGGUUGGAAUUUUUGUAAGAGUGAUUGAUUUGCAUCUUCAAGAACUUGAUGAUCGAUUUAAUGAGAGGAAUAUGGAGAUACUAAUAUGUAUGGCUUGUUUAAGUCCUAAAGAUAACUUCUCAUCCUUUGAUAAAGAUAAGGUACUUAAACUUUCCUCUUUUUAUCCCGAAGAAUUUUUAAGCUUUGAUUUGAUGGCUCUUGAAUGUCAACUUGAUAUAUUCAUGGAGAAUAUGCUAAAUGAUGAUAGAUUUCAAGGUUUAAAUGACCUUAACUCUCUUUCUAUGAUGCUUGUUAAAACUAAUAAGCAUAAGACUUUUCCUCUUAUUCAUUUGCUUAUCAAGUUGAUGUUGAUUCUUCCGGUUGCCACGGCAAGUGUUGAAAGAGUCUUUUCCGCAAUGACAUGUGUCAAAAAUAAGUUGCGAAAUAGCAUGGGUGAUCAACUUAUGAAUGAUUGUUUGAUCACUUUUAUUGAGAAGGAUGUCUUCCUAAGAGUUUCCGAUGAAAAAAUUGUUGAUCGCUUCCAAAAUAUGAAGACUCGAAGGAUGAAAGUGUAA